UCCCCCCCACAAUCGACCGCGAAAAUGCCGGAAAAUGGAGAUGUCUUUGGCCACCGAAAUGCUGAGAAGUAUGAGGCCCAAGAAGAAAGAGAGCGCCUGCAGAUGGAACAGCUUACAAUGAGCCGACUCUGGAUUUUCAACCUCCUUAGGGAGACUACUGGUAUUAGAAGACACGUGCUUCAACAACACCACCAGCUCAGAAAUGAGGCCCAACAUGACGUCUCCACGUCAAGUGAACAUGAUUGUGCCCAUGUUCCCAGACGGUGUGUGCUGGCAGAACGGAAUUUUAGGAACUACUGUCAUGUCUCCGAUUUUGAAGUGCACAAUGAAGCAGCUGCCAUCAGAGGACACAUUCAUGGACAACAACAGAUGAGGGAUUGCACUGCUGUCUCCCUUUUAACUGUUCAGGAGGAAACAGCUCUUAUAAGGCGACACGUGCGACAAAGGCAGCCUCAACUGCUUAGGUGA